AUGUCUGAGGACGUCAGGGACACCCCACAGCUGGUUUUCCGGCUGCAUGAUGGCGCCCCUGAGCUGGUGCGGGAGGUGCUUCUGGAGCGUGGCUGGGAGGAGUUCAACUCGCAGGAGCACCAGGAGGGUGACUGGAACCUGUACUGGCGCCCCUCUGCCUUCCGUUCCUCCGACUACAAGAGGCUCCUCCCCUGGCAGCGCCUCAACCACCAUCCCAAAACGGUGGGCAUCACCCGCAAGGACUGCCUUGCCCGCAACCUGAGGAGGAUGAGGGGGACGUUUGGUUCGACUCUCUACGACUUCAGUCCCACUGUGUUCAUCCUCCCCAACGAUUACACACGGUUCCUGGCAGAGUAUACCAAACAUCACCUAUGUGGAGCAGCAAGUGGAGGAGGGGAGGGAGGGAGAGCCACAGGCUACUGGAUCUGUAAGCCAGUGGAUCUCUCUCGAGGCAGGGGGAUCUACAUCUUCGAGGACGUCAAAGACCUGGUUUACAACUCGUCCGUGAUUGUCCAGAGGUACGUCAGCGACCCCCUGCUUAUCUCCGGCUACAAGUUCGACCUGCGGCUGUACGUAUGCGUGAAGAGCUUCCAGCCCCUCACCGUCUACAUGCACCAGGAGGGCUUGGUGCGCUUCGCCACCGAGAAGUACAGCCUGUCGUCUCUGGACAACCUGUUCUCCCACCUUACCAACACCAGCAUCAACAAGUUCGGCCCUUCCUACACCACAGAUAAGGAGAGGGUGGGCCAGGGUUGCAAGUGGACGAUGAGCAAGUUUCGGUGCUUUCUCCACAGCCAGGGUGUCGACCAGCAGCUCCUGUGGCUGAGGAUCAACAGCAUCGUGACCCUCACCCUGCUCACCGUGGCUCCCUCCAUCCCGCCCAGCCGUAACUGCGUAGAGCUGUUGGGCUUCGACAUCCUGAUCGAUGCCGCGCUCAAGCCCUGGCUGCUGGAGGUCAACUUUAGCCCCGCCCUUUCCUCUGACUGCCAGGCCGACAUCACCGUCAAGAAAGGGUUGGUCCACGACAUGAUUGAUCUGAUGAGCUACCAAUCAGGGGACAGCCUCAGGCAGAGAGGCUACUUCCGACAGAAGCACAAACGCCCCUGUUACCUGGGCAGCCAAUUGCAGCCAGCUCCCGGUCUUCCUCUCUCCAAGUCUGUCUGCCGGCACCAAUCAAAGAAGAGGAGCCACAGCCAGUCCAGUUUACAGGCCCUGCUGACUGAGCAGAGGAGGAAGUUCCCGCCUUCCUCCCAGCUGAAUCAGACCUGCUCCUCCCUCCGCUGGGUGAGCAGCACCGCCGGUUCGAACCCGACACUUCCACCACAUUCUCACCCUAUCACCGCGGUAACCGGAAACAGGAGGACACGUCCGACGCCCUCGUCGCUCGUCACGGGGAAUCGGGCGACCGCACGCGUGUCUGAGGUUACAGACGUGUCUGGAGACACGGACGCGUUGACACCUGAUAGCCUCCGGCGGCGGGUCACACCGCAACACCACCACACUGUGGGCUUCUCUUCGUCUUCAUCCUCCUCCCAAGCCUGUAAACUACCUGCAAUCCCUCCCAGGCGACAGCUGUCAGUCAGGAGCCCCUGGGCCAAUCAGAGGCAGGAGUGGAGCAUGGCUCCUCAUCCUCCUUGCCGCGUGGGGGACUUUAUCCUGACAUUCCCCUUCAACCGGGCCACGCUGAGGGCAUCGCGAGACGGGCUGGACGUCAGGACGGCCGUUCAGGAGGUCAGCAAGCUGGCGGCUCAGCUGACGUCGCAGUACUAA